UCAUGGCGGCCUCUAAGCAGAGUGGGAUGCAAGCAUCUGCAGCGUCUGUUUUAACACGAGCAGUACAAUAUGACAAUGAAAAGAGGUACACAUCGGCACUCGUUUGCUACCAAGAAGGAAUACAGCUGCUCGUUGACGCAUUAAAAGGUGUUACAGAUGACAGUAGACGUGAACAUCUUCGGAAGCAAGCGAAAACUUACAUUGAUAGAGCAGAAAAAGUGAAAGAGCUUGUACAGCAGGAGAAAGAAGCGGGUACGUAUCACGAACAGAUCCAGAUAGAAGAUAAAUCGACGGGUCACAGCUAUGAGAGUGUCUUCGGGCACCUUCUGGAUGACAGGGUGACGUCUAUAGAUGUUGAUGAUCCAUACAUCCGGGCAGUGCACCAGGCUCAAAACUUCCUGCAGCUGUGUGAACUGGCAGUGAAGAGGUGUUCAAAUCUCAAAGAAAUCAUCUUGGCAACAGGUCUUGAUCAGAAUGAUCCCAAGUCACAAAUUGAGAGGAUCAAUUUAAUCAAGGAAAGCUUGGCUGAGCACGGUGUCAACCUCAUAGUGCAAUUUUCGGAGACUCUUCACGAUCGAGAGAUCAGGCUGAGCAAUGGUUGGAUAAUAAAAAUAGGCCGUGGACUAAGCUAUUUUAGGCCGACACCAAACAGAUUCAGCUUGGGAACAUUCAACCAUGACCUGCGACAGUGCUUUGAAACAACGGUGGACAUAUUCCACAAGAAGGCUAUCAACUCAGCAACACAGAAGACGUGAUUCAUUUAGUCAAUGUAAAUAUUUUUGAUACUUUUUGUAAUUAUGUAAACAUUAUAAAGGUGUGUCUCAUCAA